AAGAAAAAGCAACCGUACGGAGUACAGAUGAAUUCAUAUGUUUCUGUUGCCAUUGAUGCCAAUAGAAACCACAACCCGAUAAAUUUAUCAAAGCACUGACGAGGUACAAUCAACACAUCACCGUUCCAUACAUAACAUUCCAAAAGUAAUGGCGAGAACACGCGCCAAGGGCGGCGCAACAACCGCGUCGUCAAAAGACAGCACCACCACCACUACCGAGCCCUGGUCCUCCAUCUACGACCUCCCAGCCGAGUCCGAAAACCCGCCAAAGCUCUUCGUUCUUCCCAAAAAUGCCUCUCCCGCGGCGCGCAUCGUCACCCUCCAACACCCGCGCUACGGCAGACCGGCGCGUUUCCUCGUGUGCCCGGAAGCAGGCUUCUUCGAGUUCACCACCGUCUCGCCGUCCCAAUCCUCCCCACGAAGCUGGCUCGUCCAGCCCGACCGCAGCACCGUAGCCUCGGGCAAAGCCGCGAGCCUAUGCACGCAAACCAUCCAGUCCCCCGCCCUCCACCUCGCGACCCCCUACGACCCGCUCUUCCUCCUCCUCCCGGCCCUCUGCGGCGCACCAACCAUCACCACCACCACCACCACCACGACAGGCCGCGACCAAGAACGACAAGGACAAAAUGAACAAGAAGAACAAUCCCAGCAACGACAACAGAAAAAGCGGUUGUUCCUCUCCCUCGACGACCACCUCGACGCCACCGCGGACCCGUCCGGGCAUCUGGCCGACCUGCUCGCCUCCUGCCCGGCGACCCGGCGGCGGGUGGAGGCGCGGCUGGCGGCCGUGUGUGACGCCGUCCCCGCCGGCGACGAGACCAUGUACCGGGUGAGCGAGGCCAAGCUGGCCCGGGAGCUGCUGGCCAAGGCGAAGCGGAUCGUCGGCGAGGAGGCCAGCAAGCUGCCGGCGAGCAUGGAGGAGCGCUUCGUCAGGCGCGAGCUCGAGCCGCCCGUCUUGGGUGUCAGGAUUGCCAGGGGCACCGGGAGCGGGAGCGAGAGCGGGAGUGGGAGCGGGACUGCGACGCCGGCGUCGUCGUCGUCGGAGGGCGAGUCGCAAGAGAGCAGCGUCUCAUCUGCGUCGUCUGCCGAGACGGCUGCGAGCUCCGGGUCCGAGGAGUCGACAAAGACAACGACAAGCACGGCGGCCACGUCGGUCGCCGCGGAUUCGGACGAAGGGGACGGAGUAGCGACGAGCGCCACGGGCGCGUCCGACGAGGUCGUGCGGCUGCAGCGGUUGAGGGUGGCGUUCAGCUUCAUAUGCUCAAGAUACGUCUCGCCGGCCAUCGCGGCAAUGCUCAACGAGAGCCUCUCCAAGUUCACGGAGCUGGUCGACUUCAGACCCCUGGAUGACUACCUCGAGCGGCUCGCUAAGCUGCGCCAGGAGGCGGCCGCCGCGAGGUCGGCCGACUUCUCCCGCAAGAGGGCAACCGACGAGGAGCAAGACGCGCGCGCCGAGAAGAGGAGGAAGCAGGAGGCCGAGGAGAAGGCAAGGAAGGCAAACAUGAGCCGGGGCGUCAGGAACCUGAUGAAGGUCGACACGUCCGGCAUGAAGAAGAUGAGCGACUUCUUCAAGAAAAAGACGUGAUUUCUUUUCCUUGGGUAUCUUUUGUUGUUGUUGUUGUUGUUGUUGGCGGGCGGUCACAUUCGGGCCGCAAAAGCAUCUAUCUGUAAUGGCCCCCGUUCUGGGUGGAUGGUA